AUGAUGCCUGAAGAACAUAUCUCUGAUCAUGGGUUCGCCAUAAAAAUCGCUUUCAAGACCAGAGCCACCACUCACCUGGGUCCCGGGAUCUGGAGGCUGCACGCAGCAGCAAUCGGAAGGCCAGGAGUGCGGAAGGCGGUGGAAGCCGCUCUUACCAAGGCGGCGGAGAACGGAGUAGAGGACUUUCAGCUGCUGUUGGGUAAGCUGAACGCGGGUCUGCGCUCAUACAUGAAAGAGGAGGGGAAGAGGAUUAAGAGAACUAUUGCUCAUCUGGUAGAUGUAGUUGCGGAGCUGAGGCAGGAGCAGAUGCGGAGUCCAGGCUGUCAGCGGACGAGAGAUCUUCUGCUGGUCAGAGAAACGCAAUUGCACGAAUAUCAUGCGGCCAAGCGGGACAGGUUGCACCUGAUGGCAGGCACGAACACGGAGCUUGCAGGGGAGGUUCCGUCUCCCUUCCUGUCGGCACGGGUGAAGGUCAGAAAGCAGCGCACGCAAAUCGCGGAGUUAACGGUGGGUGGGACGACAGUUUCAGACGCUCAGGGAAUUCUGAAAGCAGCCACUCAGUACUACACCGACUUGUUUGGAGCAGACGGCAGGACUUCGUCGGAGCGGUGGAAGCCACUUCCGGGGAAAAGGCUGAAUGCGGAGGCGGCGGAGAUGUUGGAAGCAGAUUGGACGGAGCAGGAAGUGAAACAGGCCUUCAAGGCGCUGGCUAACAAUAAGUCGCCGGGGAAGGACGGCCUUCCGAAAGAACUUUUCGAACGGAACUGGGACAUCUUGGGUGGGGAAUUCCUUAGAAUGGCGCAGAACUUCUCUGACACGGCUUCAAUUCCUGCCAGCAUUAAGGAAGCAGUCACCAUUUUGCUUCAUAAAAAGGGAGACAAGGACAAGCUGGACAAUUACAGACCAAUCACUCUACUUAACUUCACUUACAAAGUUCUGGCGCGUGUGGUGGCGAACAGGAUGAGGCCCUUGCUUCACCGAGUAAUCUCCGAGGAACAGUAUGGGUUCAUACCCGGGAGGAGAAUCUCGGACGCGAUCGGUGUGGUAGCCGACGUGAUUGAGGCGGCAAAGAAGGGUGACGAGGACUGGUACUUGCUGUUGGUUGACUUCCGCAAAGCGUUUGACUCCGUCUCAAGAAGCUUCAUCUUCACGGUCCUCAGGGAGAUGGGUUUCCCGGAGAGGUUCGUCGGCUGGGUGGAGGGCCUGCACAGGGAGACAAAGACAAGACUUUUAGUUAACGGCUGGCUGGGCGAAGCGGUAGAUGUGAAGUCAGGAGUCAGGCAAGGGUGUCCACUCGCCCCUUACCUCUUCCUGUGUGCGGUGGAACCCCUUGCGCAAGAAGCUUGCCGUCGCAAACUCGGACUCUGCAACAAGGCAGGGCAGCGGCUGGUGUACCUGGGUUAUGCGGAUGACACGACACUCUUCCUGGAGGGGAAGCGACAGAUUGCCAGGGCUGAAAAACUCUUGGACUACUUCGCGCAACUGUCGGGUUUGGCGACAAACAGAGACAAGUCAGUGGUCAUGCCGCUCGGUCACAACCUUGGGCGGAGACCUGGGACGCUGGGAGGUUUUAAGUGGGCAAAGGCGGACGAAGCGGAGCGGUUACUCGGGGUGUGGGUCACUCCCUCUGGAAGCAGUGCGCCAACCUGGCAGAGAGCCUUCGAAAAAAUCACAGUUGAGCUGAUAAAAUGGAAGGCGCUCUUCCUCACGAUCGCGGCCAGAGUGGUGAUCAUAAAUUGCUACAUCACGCCGAGAAUCGCUUACCAGGCGCAGGUGUAUCCCCCACCUGAGAACGUCUGGAAGCAGCUCUUGAAGCUGAUGCACAACUUUCUGUCAGGGAAUAACGCAUCGGCGGACGGGAGCUAUUUCCUUUGGAGCUGGGAUCUUCUUUCCACCCCCAGAGUGGACGGCGGCCUUGGGGUGCUGGAUCCGGAUAUCCUACUCGCUUGUUUGGCUGCCAGGAGGAUCGGCGGUCUACUGCUGGAGGGGAACGGGAAAAAAAAGGAAGUUAUGCUCACUGCGGCCGGACUCCCAAUGGGGAACGACACUUUCGUGGCGCACGAGAAAUUGCUGAAGCACUGGCCGGGUGACGAGGAACGGUGGAAGCAGACGUGCGUAGCAGCGGUUAAGGACAUGGAAAUCCUGGAGAGGGAGCUGAGAGGGAAAGAGUCAGCACGCUUGGCUCUCAAGGCGUUGGCAGCUGCUCCACCAGAUUGGAAGAACCUCUUGGUACCUGGCUCGGCACAGGGGGCUGGGGGAGUUUCUGGAGCUGUUUCACCCAGAGGGGAGGGAAGCGCAAUUACCUCGAUCUUCAGGGCUACGUCGUGCCCUCCGCAUGCUCAACCCUUCACGGUCUCCGAGCUCGUUGGGAGACCUGCUGUUCAUGGAAUCUGGAACAGUGACUGA